AUGAGGAGGUUUAGUGAAUUGGUUGUGGUGAUCACUUUGGCUCUGCUGUGGCUAUGUAAUUGUAGGGCUAAUUCACAGAACCUUCAGGGGGUUCCAUGUUUCUUCAUCUUUGGAGACUCCUUGGUCGACAAUGGAAACAACAAUGACAUACUUACCCUUGCUAGGGCUAACUACAUGCCUUAUGGCAUUGACUUCCCUCAGGGUGUCACUGGGAGGUUCAACAAUGGUCGAACCACAGUAGAUGUCCUAGCACAACUUCUAGGGUUUCCGGAUUUUAUUCCACCAUAUUCAAGAGCAAGAGGUCCGGCAUUGCUAAGAGGAGUAAAUUAUGCAUCAGGAGCGGCUGGUAUUCUAGAUGAAACUGGCAACAAUCUGGGAGAUCACAUGUCCAUGAACCAACAAGUAUCAAACUUUGCUACAACAGUUCAACAGAUGAGAAGGUUUUUCAGAAGAAACGACACUGGAUUGUAUAGUUAUCUAAGCAAAUGCAUCUUCUAUUCCGGCCUCGGAAGCAACGAUUACCUCAACAAUUAUUUUAUGACGGAUCUCUAUUCAACUAGUAGAGAUUACAAUCCCCAAAAUUAUGCGGCUUUGCUUCUUCAAGACUAUUCCCGUCAAUUAACGGAACUAUACCAGUUGGGGGCACGCAAGGUGGUGGUAUCAGCAGUUGGCCAGAUUGGUUGCAUACCUUAUGAGUUAGCCCGGUAUAACAGCACCGGCAAUGGAAAGAGUAGCCGUUGCGAUGAGAACAUCAACAACGCGAUCGUUCUUUUCAAUUCGGGCCUUAAAAAAUUGGUCGAUCAUUUCAACAAAAAGGGGAAUUUUCCGGGAGCGAGAUUUGUAUAUGUGAACUUAUAUGAAAGUUCUAAAAGUCUUAUAAAAAAUGCAGCAACUUAUGGGUUUGAAGUGCUUGACAAGGGAUGCUGUGGAGUGGGAAAGAAUAAUGGCCAACUCACUUGUCUUCCAAUGCAAGAACCCUGUGUUGAUAGAACAAAGUAUGUGUUUUGGGAUGCAUUCCAUCCUACUGAGGCUGCAAACAUCAUUCUUGCCAGGAUUUCAUAUGCUUCAAAGUAUUGUUCUGAUGUAUACCCCUUUAAUAUUCAACAACUAGCAAUGCUCUAAGAGUACUCAAAUGGCCUUCUUAACUAGUAGUAGGGUAUUAUUAUGGGAGAAACUCCAAACAUCUUCUUUG